UUUGUACCAAGAUAAUUUUGUCUCUGUUCUUACUCCUUUAAGAGUGUCGAUCCAUAGAAUUGCCAUCACAGAGCACAAGUGUGGUAAAGGAAACAUUUUCUAAGAUGUCAAAAGGAAUCUAUGAAUUUGAAGGGAAUGUAACUAGCACGAAUAUUGAUUGCCCAAUAUAUGUCAAUGAAGGAGUUGACAAGCCCAAACCAUUUGAAGUCGUCAUUCAACAUUCAGAUUCAGCAUAUUGUCAGUGGUGGAAAAGAUCUUCUGGAGUUGCUGCAGUGUGUCUGGGACUGUUGUGUGUUUUUCUUCUGGCUGGGAUCAUAGGACUGUCCGUCUCCUAUGGCAUCAUUGGCCGUCAAUACUUCACAGAAAGAAACAAACUACAGAUCAGCAACAAGAACCUGACUGAAGAGAGAGACCAGCUACAGACUAGAUACAAAGCCCUGACUGAAGAGAGAGACCAGCUACAGACUAGAUACAAAGCCCUGACUGAAGAGAGAGACCAGCUACAGACUAGAUACAAAGCCCUGACUGAAGAGAGAUACCAGCUACAGACUAGAUACAAAGCCCCGACUGAAGAGAGAGACCAGCUACAGACUAGAUACAAAGCCCUGACUGAAGAGAGAGACCAGCUACAGACUAGAUACAAAGCCCUGACUGAAGAGAGAGACCAGCUACAGACUAGAUACAAAGCCCUGACUGAAGAGAGAGACAAGCUACAGACUAGAUACAAAGCCCCGACUGAAGAGAGAGACCAGCUACAGACUAGAUACAAAGCCCUGACUGAAGAGAGAGACCAGCUACAGACUAGAUACAAAGCCCUGACUGAAGAGAGAGACCAGCUACAGACUAGAUACAAAGCCCUGACUGAAGAGAGAGACAAGCUACAGACUAGAUACAAAGCCCCGACUGAAGAGAGAGACCAGCUACAGACUAGAUACAAAGCCCUGACUGAAGAGAGAGACCAGCUACAGACUAGAUACAAAGCCCUGACUGAAGAGAGAGACCAGCUACAGACUAGAUACAAAGCCCUGACUGAAGAGAGAGACCAGCUACAGACUAGAUACAAAGCCCUGACUGAAGAGAGAGACCAGCUACAGACUAGAUACAAAGCCCUGACUGAAGAGAGAGACCAGCUACAGACUAGAUACAAAGCCCUGACUGAAGAGAGAGACCAGCUACAGACUAGAUACAAAACCCUGACUGAAGAGAGAGACCAGCUACAGACUAGUUAUAAAACACACACUGAAGAGAGAGACAAACUACAGAGAGACAGAGACACCUUCCAGAGUUUAUUGGUGAAAUGUCCAAAUGGAUGGAAAGAGUUUGGUAACCACUUCUAUUACGUCUCCACUGAGAAAAAUAACUGGGAAGAUGCCAACCAGGACUGUCUGAAGAGAGGGGCACAGCUAGUGAUCAUAAACAACCAAAAGGAACAGAAAUUCCUCAUUACAUUAAACAUACGUACUUGGAUCGGUCUGACUGACCAUGAGACUGAGGGGACCUGGAAAUGGGUGGACGACACACCUCUGACUACAGCGUACUGGGGUGACGAAGAGCCUACUAAUGGUGGUGGUAAAUAUGGAGAGGAAGACUGUGCAGAAAUUAAUAAUAGUUGGUAUAGUGAUCCUGUAAAGAAAUGGAAUGAUGUUUCAUGUACCACACUACUUAACUGGAUUUGUGAAAAAGUCAAUUAAUAAAAAUACUUUGUUAUCUACUAUACAAUCAGAAUGCAUUAAGACAGUACACAAAUAAUAAACAAUAUGACAUUUAGCAAAAAUGUGUAU